CUCGUAAUUCAGUAACCAAGCGACUAUCGCCAAGGAAGCAUCUACCGCUUUACUUUACACCGCAUUUAGUGUUAUCGCGCGUGAUCACAUCAUCGUUUACGCGUGUGUAGUCUUGUAUUCUGUAAAUUGUCGUAUUUCCGCUAAUAUUUGAUUUUUCAUCAGUUUCAAUCGUCUUCAUCUUGAGAAGAAAUUAUUGCGAUCAUGUAUUCUACUACAUAAAUAAAAAGUUAAUCUACAUGUUACUAUUUCAAAUAUGCACAAUCCUAGAUAUCGGUUAUUAAAAAAGAAAAAAAAGCAAAAGAGAAAAGCGAGUUCUAUGUGAGACCAAAAUCGGAUUCGGUUGUUUGCAUCGAAGGAAGCGCAGGAACAUGAAAUCAUUGGACAAAAAUGUGAGCUCGCUUUCUCAGCGAUCGUAUUUUGUCUAACGUGACGUCAAAUUCAAAGUUCAUCAUAGAAAAGUUAAUCAUAGACGGAGAGCGACAUUAAAAACUGUAGUAGCAAGCGUUUAUGUUGGAAUAUUCCCAUCUUCGUGAGCUCAGGUUCCGAGGAAUUGAGCCUUAACGUGUAUAAUUGGUUUCCGCGUGGGAUGAAAGUGAGACUAGCCCUUUGCAGACGAGUAGCCCAAGUCUUUUUACUGUUGCGUGUUUUUACGGACGCGUGUCGGUAUAAAGUCACCCGAAUCUGAUCUCAGUUGCAGACACUUACUAUCAAGUGGCUGGCGUACGCCCAUUUUUCUGAGUGAUAACCUUAUGCGUAUUUAUAUGCGCAUAGAUCGAUGAAAAAGAAAUCGUAAGAAUAGAAGUAAAAUGGAUGUCGGAAGCAUUGCUUUGGGGGGGAUGACAUCAGGACUGGCCCAAUUGGUGUGCUCGAUACUUCUAAAUAUAUUAUUAUAUAUCAAGUAUGCGGUUGACGAUUACGCUGUGAAAAAUGUUCCUUCCGAAGCGCUAAUGUCGUCUUACGACUUCAUAAUUGUGGGCGGUGGUUCUGCAGGAUCCGUCCUAGCGAAUCGCUUGUCCGAGAUAGAAGAUUGGAACGUGCUCCUUUUGGAAGCAGGAGUUGAUGGAUCAGAAAUCUAUGAUAUUCCUGUUCUUGCUGGUAAUCUGCAGUUAACUCAAAUCGAUUGGAAAUACAAGACGGAACUUAAUGAGAACUUCUGUCGAGCGAUGGAAGGGGGUCAAUGCAACUGGCCACGUGGCAAAGUCAUCGGAGGGACCAGUAUGCUAAACUACAUGCUCUACGUUCGUGGUAACAAAAAAGACUACGACAUGUGGGAACAGCUAGGCAAUACCGGAUGGUCCUACGACGAUGUGCUACAAUAUUUCAAAAAAUCUGAAGACAAUCAAAAUCCUCUCCACGCCGAGACGCCGUAUCAUUCAACCGGAGGUUACCUAACCGUUCAAGAAGUGCCAUGGCACACUCCCUUGGCCACUGCAUUUAUUCAAGCAGGUGUAGAAAUGGGUUACGAAAACAGAGAUAUUAACGGAAAACGACAGACUGGAUUCACGAUUGCUCAAGGGACGAUCAGGCAUGGCAGUCGGUGUUCCACGGCGAAGGCCUUUCUACGACCAAUCAGGACGCGGAAAAAUUUACACGUUGUCGUGGAAGCGCAUGUUACGAAAAUUUUAAUAGAUCCGUCGUCGAAAAUGGCUUAUGGCGUAGAGUUUGUUAGAGACGGAAAAACGUUGCGCGUUCGUUCGAAAAAGGAGGUGAUCGUUUCCGCGGGAUCCGUCAAUAGCCCUCAAUUGCUGAUGUUGUCGGGAAUCGGGCCUAAAGAACAAUUAUUGAAACACGGCAUACCAGUGAUUCAGGAUUCAAGAGUGGGUCAUAAUCUUCAAGAUCACAUAGGUGUGGGAGGUGUUUCGUUUUUGGUGAACGAAGAAAUUUCGUUGGUGGAGAACAGGAUAUAUAAUAUUCAGGAUAUGAUAGGAUAUGCGAUUUUUGGAGACGGUCCUUUGACAUUGCCAGGAGGUGUCGAAGGAAUAGCUUUUAUCAAUAGCAAAUUCGUGAAUGCUUCUGACGAUUUCCCAGACAUAGAACUGUUUUCGGUGGCAGGAGGGAUAUGCUCCGACGGCGGUAGAAAUAUAUGGAAGAUUCAUGGCCUGACCAACAAAUUCUACGAUGCCGUGUAUGGGGAAAUUAAUAAUAAAGACUUAUGGACUGUGCUUCCUAUGCUUCUAAGACCAAAAAGUAAAGGUUUUAUUGCGCUUCGAAGCAGCAAUCCUUUCGAUUAUCCGUUGAUUUAUCCAAACUACUUCGAGCAACCGGAAGAUAUGGCGACGCUGAUCGAAGGAGUCAAAUUUGUGUUUGAAAUGAGUAAAACUAACGCGUUUCGACGUUAUAACAGCAAAAUGUAUUCUAAACCAUUUCCUGCUUGCAAAAAUAUUUCCAUGUAUACCGACCCAUACUGGGAAUGCAUGAUUAGAGAGUACUCCAUGACCGUGUAUCAUCCCACGGGUACCUGUAAAAUGGGGCCCAAUUGGGAUCCAGAAGCUGUGGUAGAUCCUCGGCUUCGAGUUUACGGAGUUGCUCGACUCCGAGUCAUAGAUGGCUCGAUUAUGCCAAAUAUAGUUAGUGGUAAUACCAAUGCGCCGAUUAUAAUGAUCGCAGAGAAAGGUUCAGAUAUGAUAAAAGAGGAAUGGCUGAAGAACAAGGUCUAAUAUCAAUAGCUCUUUUCGUAAAUUAAUUUAAAGCGAGUGCUGGUAGUGCAUUAAAUACUAGAAUUUUACAGUCUUCGACACAACAUAAGUUUCCGCUACUAAUUUCUGUUAUGUAACACAAUACUCAACGUACAAACGUAGGCAUGUUUUAUAAAAUAAAUAUUAAAUGAUGUAAAUGUUCAACAUAUCGUUAUGCUAUAGAACAUAUCGUUAUGUUAAGAAAUGUUUUGCCGCGGCUAUCAUAGGUACAAUCUACAGCUUUGGAUCAGUGCA